GCGCUUCACAACACUGGCUGUGGCAGAACAGCAGAAUUUAUUUUCCAAUAAGAAGCUUCGCUUGCGCUUAUCAAUUGCCAAACUAAAUUUAAUCAGUUCGUAAUUACUAACUAGUAAUCAGCCAGAUCUAAGCGCGGAGCGGAGCAAGUGACUCCCCGGGGAGCGACGGAUGAGCCAGCUCCAGGAGUGGGGGAAUCGCCGCCAGCUGUGCAGCAGCAGCAGCAAGAACAACAACAACAAUAUCGAGGUCGCAGGACCAAAAGGGCAAAAAAGGAGGAGGAGGAGGCGGCGCAGGAGCAGGAGUGACCCGUAGCCAUGCGCUUUAACAAGCUGGAACUGAACUCCCUGGCCAGCAAUCCAGCAACGCGAUUCGACAAGGAGGGCCUGCUCAUCAUCACCGACCGCCAGGAGGGCUUCCUGUGGCGCUCCAGCGAAGUCAGAGUUGAACGUUGGUGUAAACUGCGUGGCAAUUUACUGUUCUACCUCAAGGAUAAGGACCCCAAGUCAGCGGUGGCCGGCCUCCUGGUGCUGGAGAACUGUUGUCCGCGCAUCCAGAAUGAGGAGCCCGAGCCCGAGGGCUAUGUGUUCGAUCUAGACUUCAAGGACAGCUCGUCGGAGCGUUUCAUUGCCCGCACGUCGGCCGAACGCCUGGCCUGGGUGCAGUGCAUCGAACAGGCCUCCAGCGAGAGGCUGAACCUGCUCAUCCGCCAGCUGAAGGAGCAAAUCGUAGCCCAGAGUCGCCAGACGAACGUUGCUGGAACCGCCAGUACAAUGGGCAAUCACAUUGACCUGGGCAUGCCCCUGGAGCAGCAGGUCCAGGAGCAGCUGCAGCUGCACAGCUGCCCGCCGGCGGAGGAGUCCACUGCCGUGCCCACGGAGGAGGCGGCGCCGUUUGAAGAACUGGAUCUCUCGGAGCUGCCCAUUUGCGAGACGGCCCUCUCCUGUGAUAGCCUGCCUUUGGACACGCUGGGGCGAGCGCCGAACCCACAGGUCGUGUGCUCACUGCUGCCGGCGGCUGGAGAGGAUUGCCUGUGGCGGGAGCAUGCCCGCACCGAGCUGCAGGAGCGCACACGCAGUCCGCAGUUUCUGUGCACCAUGCGCUUCCAGCGCAGCGCCGGCUUCUCGGCCGGCACACGGCUGCGCUUCAGCGUCUUCGAUGUCCGCGAACGGCUGACGCUCACCGCCCUGCCGCUGGGCCACGCCGAGGUGGCCCUGGGCGUCAUCCAGGACACCAGCCGGCUGCGCCUGCCGCUCACCUCGCCGCGCGGUGAGUGCGGCUUCAUCACGCUGGCCUCCUGGUCACCGGAUGCCGCCGUGGAGCCCGGCCAGUCGGGGAACGGACCGCCGCGCUCCAGCACGCAGCUCUUCGACGGAAAGGGAUCGGGAUCGGGAUCAGGGACAGCCGCCGCUGGAGCCACCACAAGCAGCAGGCGAGCCCAUCGUCGCACCCAGUCGCUGCCGCCGAAGCUGGGAGUCCGGCUGUUUGUGCCCCAGCAGUGUGGCCUGCAGCGGGUGUGCUCCAAUCCUCGCCUGCGCACCUACCGGCUGAACUCCUCCCUGGGCGCCGACAUCAGUGUCCAGGAGACGCUGCUGGAGUCCCGCCUGUGCUGCCAGCUGCCCCAGCAGCUGCUCUCCAUAUGGAUCCAGCGCGAGAAGGAGCUGCUGCAGGAGAUCUCGGGAAUGGGCGAGCUGAGCGGCGAGUGGCGCUGGCGGCAGAUGAACCUGCUCGAGGAGCAUCUGCGCCUGCUCAAGGACUACUCGCAGGCCAAGCAGAAUAUCCAGCAGCUGGCCCGCGACGGCGUCGCCUUCAAGCGCUCCUCGGCGAAGGCCGACGAGGCGCUGGAGUUCCUGCCGGUCAACUUGCAUGUGCAGCGGAUGUGGGCCCAGAACGACACGAUGCAGCGACGUGGUCUCCUGGACGUGGUCACCGUGGGUGCCUUUACGCGCCACGAUGCCAAGGGUCGCAAGUGCGGUGGCCUCAUCAAGCUCCUGCAGGAGAGCAAGUCCUGGAAGCUGGAGCAGAGCAACGCGUGCAAGGUGCAGGCGGCCAACGAUGCCGUGCAGGCCACCAAGCAGCUGCGCAAGGAGAUCGUCGAGCUGAUGUCGCAGCUCCUCCAGUUGGCCAGCCGGCGCAGCUCCAAGGACAUGAUGCCACUGUGCAACCAGAUGGUGACCCGCACGCGCACGCUGCUCAACAUCUGGGAGCCGAGCAUUGUGGAGGAGGCGGUGGCCUUCAUCGAGCGCCAUCGCAUCAUCGAGGAGCCGGAGAAUGUGCUGAUGGAGCCGAUGUCGCCGUUCCGCAAGAUCACGCAGCAACUGACGGCCUUGGAGCUGAAGUCGCCAGAGCUGGAGGACUUUGCCACGCCGGUGGUGGCUCCACCGGAUCUCUGGCCACGUGGACAGCCGCCACUGAUGCGUUCGAACAGCUGGCAUCCGAGCAAUAGCUCUCCCUCCAGCUCGCUGGACAUCCGGGCCAUCGAUUCGCUGCAGCAUGUGGUCAAGUGCUACAACGAUCACCUGCGCAGCCUGGAGCAGGGCGGGAAUCCUCGCCAGGCCGAAGAGGAGGAGGCCACAUAUCAGUCACUGCCGCUGGCCUGGCACUCGCAAUCUCCUCCAGAGGCCACCACUUCCGCCCAUGUGCCAGAUCCGCCAGCUGCUCCAUCCGUGCUGCAGCUAAUCGAUCUGGACGAGAUCGGGCGGCGGGCGCAGCGGCAUCAGCAUCACCAGCCGCCGGCAGGCUUUCUGGACACAAAGCUGAUGAGCUCGUCGCCGUCGGCCAACUACUACCGGCCCACGGAGGAGCCGGAGCCCCUGGAUCUCACCCAGCUUAACAUCGAGGCGAGCGUGAUGUGCCUGGUCAGCAAGCUGAAGUUCUUCUGCGGCCGCUGCGACAGUCCUGCCAUCCGGCUGCGUCAUCCCAAGGUGCCGAUCAAGCGGGAGGGAUUCGCGGUGGCUCCGCAACAGGCGCCGGACGUGAUCGCCGCUCCGGUAGCCGCCAAGCAGGCCCCGAAUCUCGAACUGGAUCUCAAGCCCUCGGCGGCAGUGUGUGGAUUCAGUUCCGGAGCUGUGUCCGUGCCCGUCAAGAAGGGCAACAAGUUCACCGACGGCCUGAAUCUCUCGAUGACCACGGACUGGGCGGCGGAGCUGCGGCCCAGCAUGCGCAAGCUGCGCCACGCCAUGGAUCGCCUCCUGAAGACUGCUCGGCUGAUGCACUCGGUUCAGCGGCUGCAGCAGGACAUGCGCUGCAACAGGAUCCAGGCGAGCAUCAUGUACCGCAGGGACGUCUGCUUCUCCCAGGCGCUAACCGCUCUGGUCAGCUCCCUGAUGCUCCGGCUGUGGGGCAGCGAGCUGGACAUGGGCUACCUGGUGAUGCUCCGUGACCUGGGUCCGCUGGCCUACUUCGAGGGACUGCUGACGCUGUACGGGAACGAGGCGGACAUGUGGAGCGACAUGUGCAUCGCCAUCGAGGACCUGUCCGCAGUCAGCUUUCAGCUGGUGCGUGCCCAGGGUGAUGCGGCUCUGGCGCCCAUGCCCCGGAUCACCGGAUCGCGGCAGGCACUGGAGGUGCAGCUCCCAGUGCCGGAGCACUCGCUGCCCGGCAACGGCACCUCCAUCUCGUUCAAGAUCACGCCCGUCUUCUUCAACAUCGGCAUCAAUGAGAAGGCCAGCUUCGCUGAGACCCUGGGUCAGACGAAGGAGCAGCAUCGGUCCAACUGGGACAACUAUCUGCGCUUGAGCCAGUACUUUGGUCGGUAUCGGAAGCUGGGACUCGGCUCCGUGGACGCCGGCGAGUCGCUGCAGUCGCUGCUCGGCUUCAUGGAGCAGCAGCUGCGGGCCAAUGUCUCCAAGAACGUGAAGAUCCUGCACCUGGCCGAGGACGCCUGCCGGCUGAUGGACGGCCUGCGGUUCACCUCCUGCAAGAGCGCCAAGGAUCGCACCGGAAUGGCGGUGACCCUGGAGCAGUGUCGCGUCCUGGUGCGCGAGUUCCAGUUGCCGGCCAAGCAUGUGCCCUACGCUCUCAGCACCAUGCGGAGCGAGGGCACGCGGAUGGACAACGUACUCAAGAAUAUUGGGAAGCGAAAGUAUGCCUUCAAUCGAACUCAGGUCUCCUUUCUGCCGGCCAUGUACAGGCCGCCAGUUGGCAGCUACGGCAAGGCGCAGACUUAAGGAUCCACUGGGGAUCCCCUUUCGAAUGUCCAACUGAAGUACUUAACGAAUAGACACAAGCAGGACAACUUAACAGCGAUACAUAUUAUGUAUAUCAGCAGAGGAAAACAAAACAAAACGUAUAAAACAGUGCCAAAAAUACAAAACAAAACAAUUUAACCAAUUUUGUGCGAGGCAAGCAAAAAACAAGCGAAUAGGUAACUAAUUAAAUUAGCACAUUAAAGGAGAAUCUUCCGGACAAUUGUUAAAGCAUCACACGAUUCCAUAGUACGUCCCCUUCCCAUAUUUAUUUAGGCUAUAUCCAAGUAGUUGUAGUUUGCAGAUGAGGCAACCGUGUACUUUAGCGACUCAUGUACUUCCAGUGAAUAAAAAACGAACUUGUUAACCACUA